GACAUAAUCCGGUACAUAACCUAUUUGUUUGAUCUAUAAAAUCAUUUGUACUCAUUUUAUUUUUUUUAACAGUAUUGAUUUAUAUCUAUUAAUAAACAGUUACAUAUAAAAAUACCAAAAAUGGGUAAAAAAGUAACAAUAGCUACUGCUACAUUAAAUCAAUGGGCUUUAGAUUUCGACGGAAAUCUUCAACGAAUCUUAGAAUCUAUCAUUGAAGCUAAAGAACAGGGUGCUGCUUAUAGAACAGGGCCUGAAUUAGAGAUAUGUGGUUAUAGUUGCGAAGAUCACUUUUACGAAAACGAUACAUUUUUACACAGCUGGGAGGUGCUUUUAGAACUAUUAACAUCACCUUCAUGUAAUGAUAUCCUUAUUGAUGUUGGUAUGCCAGUGAAAUUUAAAAGUGUAGCUUAUAACUGUCGUGUGGUCUUUUUAAACCAAAAAAUUUUAUUAAUUCGUCCAAAACUUGCUAUGUGUAAUGAUGGAAAUUAUAGGGAAUCUAGGUGGUUUACAUCUUGGGAGAAGGUUCGAAAAAUAGAAGAAUUAAGAUUACCGGAAAUUAUAUCUUCAAUAACCGGCCAAAAAACCGUUCCUUUCGGUGAUGCUAUUUUAGACACAAAAGAUACUUGCUUAGGGUUUGAAAUUUGUGAAGAAUUAUGGAGCCCUAAAAAUACGCAUGUAGAUAUGAGCUUGGAUGGAGUUGAAAUAAUAAUAAACGGUUCUGGCAGUCACACAGAAUUAAGAAAAGCUUAUAUUAUAAGAAAAUUGGUUACUGAUGCUACUUUAAAAUGUGGGGGUUGUUAUGUUUUUAGUAAUUUAAGAGGUUGUGAUGGUCAAAGAAUUUAUUUCGAUGGAAAUUCUUGUAUUUGUUUAAAUGGGGAAAUUUUAGCUUACUCUAAACAAUUCGCUUUACAAGACGUUGAAAUAACCACAGCCACUUUUGAUUUAGAAGACAUCCGAUCUUAUCGAAACUCAAAACGGAGUUUCGUUGUUGAAUCAGCUAGAUGUGCUAAUUAUCCAAGGAUAGAAGUUGAUUUUUCAUUAACAGAACAUAGCAAUAGUAGGUUACCAAUUUCUGUCCCUGUAGAUUGGAUUAGUUUACCACCAGAAGAAGAAAUUGCUCAGGGUCCCGCAUGUUGGUUGUGGGAUUAUUUGCGACGCUCAGGACAAGGAGGAUUUUUUCUACCUUUAAGUGGAGGAGUUGAUAGUUCAAGCACAGCUUUAAUAGUUUAUUCAUUAUGUAGAUUAAUCGUACAAGAGGUACAAAAAGGAGAAUCUACAAUUUUAUCAGAUUUGAGGAGAAUAUUGGGUGAUCAUGAAUAUACUCCAACAUUACCCAAUGAGUUGUGUAAUCGUAUUUUAGUAACAUGUUAUAUGGGAACAGAAAAUUCUUCAAAAGAGACUAAGAAAAGGGCAGCUGGAUUGGCCGCCGCUAUAGGGAGUUACCAUAUGGUAAUCACCAUCGACAAAGUGGUUUCAGCAGUUCUAGAAAUUUUCUCAACAAUAACCGGUUUCUUCCCAAAAUUUGCUUCAAACGGCGGAUGCGCUCGCCAAAACCUCGCCCUACAAAACAUCCAAGCCCGUUUAAGAAUGGUCUUGUCUUACUUAUUCGCUCAAUUAAUGCUUUGGGCCCGUAACCGGCCCGGUGGUUUACUCGUUUUGGGUUCGGCGAACGUCGACGAAGCUUUACGCGGUUACAUGACAAAAUACGAUUGCUCAAGUGCCGACGUAAAUCCUAUCGGGGGAAUUUCAAAAACCGAUCUAAGAAUGUUUUUGAAUUACGUUAAAGAAAAAUUUAAUAUUCCAAUUAUUGGAGAGAUUGUUAAAGCUCCGCCAACCGCCGAGUUAGAACCGUUAAAAGAAGGGGCUUUGAUGCAAACAGAUGAGGAGGAUAUGGGGAUGACUUAUGCGGAGUUAAGCAUUUUUGGGAGAUUGAGGAAACAAGAAAGAUGUGGGCCUUAUUCUAUGUUUUAUAAAUUAAAAGAUCGAUGGGGGAAUGAUUGUAGUCCAGAAGAAGUUGCAGAGAAAGUCAAACAUUUUUUUAGAUGUUACGCGAUUAAUCGCCAUAAAAUGACCGUUCUAACACCUUCGUAUCAUGCGGAAGGAUACAGUCCUGAUGAUAAUCGAUUUGAUUUACGACCGUUUUUAUAUCGAGCAAAUUGGUCGAGACAAUUUAAAGCAAUUGAUAAAGAGUUAAAAAAGACGAACAAUUCACGUGUACGAACAGCCAUACACGUUUAGUUUUAUUUGAGUUCCUCAUUUUUUAGUGUUUCUUUUUCUAUUUUUUUUACUAGCUUUAUAAUUAGUAUAUAUAAGGAGUUUUUAGGAUACAAUAAAUGUAUUUUUAAAUCAAA